AUGGCGUUUUGGAACACAACGCUGUCGAGCAAACCUGCCUUAGAGCAAUCAUCAUUGAAUCAAUCAUCCCCAGAAUCCACCAAAUUAAGAUUAGAAAUUCAAAGUCAAAUCAGUCAAGAAUUAGCAGCUGCGAAUGCUUCAGAAUUAGUGAAAACUAUCACUGAAAAUUGUUUUGAAAAAUGUAUCAUUGGUGUACCUAAAAAUUCAUUGGAUGCUCAAGAUGACAUAUGUAUAAAUCAAUGUAGAGAAAAGUAUAUGAGGUCAUGGAAUGUUAUUUCUAGAGCAUAUAUUACAAGAAUUCAAGAACAGCUGGGUCAAAUAUAG